CUUAACCCGCUGACUAGACUAACAACAGCGGUUGAUGUGGCGUGUUUUAUUUUGCGUCCUUGCCAGGUGGAAAACAACCAUAUUUUUUUAAUUAAUGAAUAAAUAAAAUUAAAAAUAAAAGUUAGGACAUAUCUGUCGCAAAACCCUCUACCAUGGGAAAAAAAUUCCCCAAAUCCUCCGCCUAUACUCCAUUCCAAUUAAAAUUCCCCAAAUCCUUCGCCUAUACUCCAUUCCAAUUCUGAUUUCAGACCCAGACCCUUGUCUCUUUCAAUCGACAAACACAGUGGAGAAGGAAGGAACGAAGAAGCGAGCUAGACCUAGGUUCGCCGCCCACUUUGCCCACCGAUCAUUACCACUACCCCGCCCGCUUUUUAAUCGGUCACUUCACCUGUCAGUAACCAAGAGGUGGUGACCUCUGGCAUCACCGCCGUCGAGCAGCUAGUCAGCGUCCCAACGGGUUCGACGAGGAAACAUCCUUCCCGCCGACCACCAUGACUACAGGGAUUAGAACGAUCAGGAACUGCAAGAUCCGCUUGAUGUUGGCGGAGCUCGACAUCGACCCAGACCCCGACCGACGACGCGAAGAAGAGGGGGCCAAGAUCUUGCUCCUGCUGGUUCCAUUGGCGGAGCUUGGAAGCAUCCGAAGAAUUCAAAAUCUGAAGGAAGUAUUGUAUGAUCGAAGUUGGCGGAGCUCCGCGCCGGCAUCGACCAACGACGCGAAGCAUAGGGGGAGAAGGAACCGAGGUCACCUUCCACCGGGGAAAGUUAAUUUGCUAACUUGAAGAUUCGUUAGCAGAUACUAACUGAUAUCCAAAAUAUAUGAACUAAUAUCCAAGUACUAAAGUAUCUACAGAGCAUAGACUAGUAUUCAAAGUUUGCUAACUGAUAUCCACCAUGAAUCAACUAUUAUCCCAAAUUCACAAACUAAUAUCUAGACAACACAAAAUAGUAUCCAAACAGCACAUAAUUAGUAUCCAGAUUACACAUAAGAGUAUCCAGAUAAUCCAUAAGAGCAUCCAUAUUGAAUACUAGUUGGUUGAUUGUGGAUAUUAGUUGGUAUCUGCUAUAUGGAUACUAUUUUGUGAUAUUUUGAAUACUAGUCUGUGCUAUCUAGAUACUUAACAGACUUGGAUAUUAGUUCAUACAUUUUGGAUAUUAGUUAGUAUAUACUAAUGAAUCUUCAAGUUAGCAGAAUAACUAGGCUGCCUUCCACCAGCCGCCUGAUGUCGGAUUUACCGCCAAGGAAGGAGAUGAAGAAGACCCUGUUGGAGUCAAUUUCUCGCGAUCGGGGCACUGUUUGUUGAAGGAGAAGAAGAAGAAGAGGUUGUUCGCCAGGGAGGCAAACUCGAAGGCAGGUGUCGCAACUCUCUUCGCAGGAACGUUGACUUCCUAAUACACAACUCCUAAUAAAGGCCGAGUGUAAACAAUAAAAGGGACUGCAGUAUAGUGACACAAGUAAUAAGUAUAAAAUCCACGUGUCUCUAGUGUUAUUAUUACUCAAUUUUAGUUUAUUAUCUAGCAAAUUAUAUUGAGGUUUAAUUAACUAAACUAGUCGACAAGCUAAACUAGGUUAAACUACUAAUUACAGGUUGGGAACUCACUUAGGGUAUGAUUUCCCCCCUAGAUUAGAGUUAGCCAAGUUGUAAUUCACCCAAUUCAAUUCAGUUGACAUUUACACUGCGGAAAGUUCUCAAACAGUCUGGAGUUUCGACUAAAGUGUUUCAGACCCUCUUGAAUAGAUUACCUAGAAGGCAGCUAACCUUCACUGGAGUACCCUAACCAAGGCAAUAAGAUUCAAGCUUCCUCUACUGGGAUUUUACGCCAGUACAAAGCAGUGAAUCGAUUGACUCUCGCACAAUCAACUCACUACUUCAAAUUCAUGUUGCUCUAUUAACCUAUGCAUAUACUAUCGUUCUAGGUCAAAGCUGAAACUACAGGAAUGUGAUCAGGAUUCAAGCAAUUCUAAAUAAAAAUCGCAACUGAAUAUAAAAUGUUAAUAAAUCAUGAAUUCGAGUUCAUACAACUCUUCCUAGCAUACAAAUCUAGGGUUCCUCAAAACUUAAGUGAAGGGAAGAAUACAAUAUAACUUUCCAAGUCUUCAAUCUUCAUGUCUGGGCUUGUUCCUCGAGCUUUCAAGGCCAAUAAAUCCUCCAAUUCCACUCCAAGAUCGCCAUCUCUCUUUGGUUAGUCCCUCGGGUGUUUGGAGUCCAAACCCAACUCUCUCUCUUAAAAAAUUGAACUAAUUAUCAAUCCUAUUCUUUGUUCCACCUCGAUUAAAUUGGACACAAAGGGUAUAUUGGAAGGUCUCAAAUUAGCUUGUGAAUAUGAUUUUGACUGUGUGGUCCAAUAUGACUACCAAGUUCCAGUUCAAGCUUGAUCUCAAGCAUAGGAGAAACCAAGGGGGUUCAGAGGUGUCCUGUGACACUGAGGAUUUUUUAGUAAACAAAAAACCACAUAUAUGUAUCAAUCAUGGAUCAAACUCAUCACCUCUAGGUGAUAUAAGAGUGUCUUACCACUACACUUUCAGGUUUAAAAACUAUCAUAAAUCACUUUAUCACACUAUAAACAAAAUCCUCAAUU